AUGUCUUCUUCGAAUAUUGAUCGCAAUGGUAGUCAUAUGAGUAAUGGAACACUUCCGCUUCACUCAUCUGCCUACUCAUGUCCGAACUCUACUCAACUAACAACAAUGUCGACGAUGGAUCGACCCAAUUCGAAUUCAUCAAAUGUCUACCAGACAAUUGAUGCCGACAGUCAUCGUGAAUAUGUUAUUCAUUCAAACGAUAAUAAGAAUGAGAUCUUUCCUGAUACACCAUUAUUGCCUUGCUUUCGAAAUAACUGUUAUGUUUACCCAUUGGAUCAUCACCACCACCAUUCUCAUUCACACAUGCGUUGCAAUUGUGAUUCGACAACUACCUAUAAUGAGCAAGCAACAACGACGACACGGCAGUCGACUCAUUCGCCUUGCCCAUUAUUUAAUAAUUCCAUCUGCCGAUCGAAAAAACGCCCAAGUGAUGAUAGUUACUUUCAUCAUCAUCUGUUCUCAUGGAAAACGAUUGCUAUCAUCUUCCUUCUCACAACGCUGUGUUUCCUCACAUCGACUAUUUAUUUGUCAAUCAUGCGAUACCAUCAUCCAACCUUUCGAGAGAAUACUUUAAUUCAGGGAAAAUCUCGACAACAGAAUCUAUUCUAUGGUAAAACAACACGUUUUAUUCGUAUUGGUGAUAAAAUCAAAGAACUUAUUGAUCCACAAUCAAGUACACAAUUACAGUUUUAUAUUGAACGAACAAUAUCCAUACAAUUCAACUUCACAGCAGACCGCGAAGCUAAUUUUGGUUUUUAUGGUAAACGAUCGAGCUCUCCAAGUUUAACACAAUUCGAUUUCUUUCAUCCAUUUAAUGGAAAUACUCAGCAGCAUCAUCUCGUUCGUCGAAGUUUAGGACUAAAUCGAACGUCCCAAAUUUACUUUACGAAUUCUGAUAAUGAACAAUUAACCAUUCUCUUCAAUGAAUUAUUAACCACAGGAUUGUGGUAUGUCACUGUUAUUAAUGAUGGUUUAACCAGACAAGAAUUUCAAUUGAUUAUUGAACCAAUUGAUGGAAAAAAUGAACGUUUGUGUUUGAAUAAUUGCAACAAUCAUGGUAUUUGUCAACAAGGAGUUUGUAUCUGUCAUCCAUCAUAUACAGGAACCGAUUGUUCCAUCGCUCAAUGUACGGAUUUGUGUAGUGGACAUGGUGUCGUUGAGCAUGGACAAUGUCGUUGUCAAGAAGGAUGGCAUGGUACUGAAUGCCAAUUGAUGUUAAAUCAAUGCGAAAUAGCUAAUUGUAACAAUCGAGGAACAUGUAUUGCUGGAAAAUGUAUCUGUCAAAAUGGUUAUCAAGGCAAAUUUUGUGAACAAAUUUCAUGCGGAAAUGCCAAUUGUAGUAAUCAUGGAAUGUGUAUCGAAGGCAAAUGUCGUUGCUUUCAUGGUUAUACAAAUGAUGAUUGUUCAUCAGUUAUUCAAACCCAAUGUGAUAAUCAAUGCUCAGGACAUGGACAAUAUGUCGAUUAUCCGAAAUCGAUGUGUUUAUGUGAUGAAAAUUGGACAGGAGAGAAUUGUUCUCAACCGAAAUGUAAAAUCGAUUGCGGCGAGCAUGGCAAAUGUUUGGUUAAUAAUCGAAAUCGAUGCGAAUGCGAAGAAGGAUGGACAGGAACUACUUGCAUGAAGAAAACGUGUUCGAAGUUCUGUCAACAAUGUAAUGAUGAUGGAAGUUGUCGAUGUGAAAACGGAUUUCUCGGUCGAUAUUGUCAGAUUCCCGCUUGUCCAAAUAAUUGCAAUGGACAUGGCGAUUGUCAACUGAAUAAAUGUGUUUGUCAUUCGAAUUGGUUCGGACCGGAAUGUCAAUUCACAAUUGAAACUAAUUGUAACGAUCAAAUUGAUAAUGAUAAUGAUGGUCUCAUUGAUUGUCUGGAUCCGGAUUGUUGUUCAUCGAGUGUCUGUCAAUCGAUUGAAGAAUGCAUUUCACGAACGAAUGCCAAAGACAUAUUACUUCGUCGUCAAGCACCUAGUCCUUCCGCUUCAUUUUUCGAACGCAUGCAAUUCUUAAUUCAAGAAGAUGGACUCCAAACAUCAGCGAUUUAUUCAUCAUUCAACGAAAGAGUAUCUGCUUUCAAUAAGAGACGUGCAUCGGUUAUACGUGGUCAGAUAUUUUAUAAAAAAACCCUACCAUUGAACGGUGUCAAAGUCCAAGUUUUUAACAAUCCAAAUCAAGGCUAUACAAUAUCUGACAAAGAUGGAUUUUUCAAUUUACUUAUCAAUGGCGGUGGUUCAAUUCUCAUCCAAUUCAUCCGACAGCCGUUUCAAAGCAAACAAUACGCAUUUAUCGUUCCUUGGAAUACUUUUCUUCAUAUUGGCUACAUUUACAUGGAUGAAAUUCAAGACAAUACGAUUUGUCAAACAAACACUUCAGAAAAUCUCCAACCAAAAUUGUGGGACACAAGUCUUGAUCGAAGUUUCCUUCCAAAUCAUCAAUAUGAUUAUGCAUAUACAUUGGGCUCUCAAAUCAUUCGACAAUCGAUUUCCAUCGACAAAAAUGAUUUACCCAUCCAAUUGAUGUACUUAAGUUCAUCAAGUACUCGACGUUAUCAGUCGAUUCUAACUGUGGUCUUGUCCGAUAAGCAAAUUGACGAUUCAUUGCUUUAUAUACAUUUGAGUAUUAGUAUUGAGGGAAUUUAUUUUCUGAAAAAGUUCAAUGCGCAAACGAAUUUGAUUUAUGAAUACGAAUGGUCAAGAAGAAACGCGUAUGAUCAAAAUGUUCAUGGACUAGCGGAAGCGAUUGUUUCAAUCGGGUACGAAUACAUGAAUUGCAAUCAAAUUGUUUGGUAUCGAAAGUCUGUGAAACUCACUGGACAAGAUAUUCCAACAGCUAAUGUUGGUGGAUGGACAUUUGAUGUUCAUCAUAAAUUAAAUAUCCAAGCUGGUAUCCUUCAUAAAGGUGAUGGUACAACGAUGUUCCUAACUGAUUCUCCUCUACAAUUUUCCACUUUGAUUGGUAUGCGCGAUCAAUCACGGCCGAUUGAUUGUCAUAAAUGCCAUGAAAACCAAGCAAUUCUAACCCGACUACUCAAUCCAACAAGUUUAACUGUUAGUAAUGAUGGUAUUAUUUAUAUCGGUGAUCUAAACAUCAUUUGGAUGUAUCAACCAAUGACGAAUCUUGUCAAACCAGUUCUGGAACUCAAUGAACAAUAUACAUACAAGUAUUAUCUCACAACUGAUCCAGUUGAUGGCCGAUUGUACAUAUCUGAUUAUCAUCGUCGACAAAUCAUUCGUUUGAUUAAAACUGAUUCAAUAGAAAAUCUUCGAGAAAACUAUGAAAUUGUCGUUGGCGAUGGUCAAUAUUGUACUCUUGAUUCAAUUCACAAUAUAACAUGUGGAGAUGAUCAAUUAGCGAAAGAUGUCUCAUUAUCAUAUCCAAAAGGUCUCACAAUUGAUCGUUAUGGAACGAUUUACUUCAUCGAUGGACAACGAAUUCGAAAACUGAGUAUUGAAAAUAGUCAUGUGACCAAUGUUGUUGGAUCUGCCGAAUAUCAAAUUGAUUUUUCGAAACAAUUUACAUGUGAUCGAACUUAUCCGCUCGAUCAGUUCAAACUUUAUAAUCCAACGACAUUGCAUAUGCAUCCACUUGAUGGUGAUUUGUACGUUCUCGACGAUAUAAAUCUAUACCGUAUCCGAAAGAAUUUCAAUCAGAUUGAAAUUCUCCUUGGUCAAUCAUUGAAUUGUUUAACAAACGACUAUUCGCUUCGAUUAAACAAUCCAAUCGAUUUCUCAUUUAACUAUCAAGGCGAUCUGUUUCUACUAGAAAGAUCUCGGCCAUUCAUUCGGAUAUUACGCUCAUCGAAUAACCAAUUAGAACCAUUGAAUGUCCAAUCCACUUCGAUGAAAAUGAACUUUCUCUCGAUUGUGAAUCAUCCUGACGGCUCAAUUAUUCUUGCCAAUGUUGCUUCGAAAGAAGUACUUAAAUUAAAAUCAAUUUCCUUAACAAAUGAUGACGAACAAGUCAAUGGAAUGAAUAUCCAUUCGACUGAUAAGAAUGAAGUCUACGUUUUCAAUCGAGUUGGCCAACAUCGAUCGACAAUUGAUGCAUUGACAGGCGAAACAAUUUUCAAUUUCACAUACGAUUCUCCUCAAAAUGCAUACGGAAAACUGGAAUCAAUCAAUUAUCGCAAUGGUAAAAGUUUGUUAUUAAGAUAUGAUUACGCCAUGCGAAUUAAUGAUAUUAUUCAAAUGCCGAGUGGAAACAAACUAAAGAUCGACUUCUCCAAACAAAAAUUUCUAUCAAGUUUCAUCGAUAAUAACGGAUUAAUCACACAUUUUCUUUAUGACAACGGUUUAUUGACGUCGAUUAUAAAAAAUAAUCUAGUACGAAUCUACUUCCUCUAUGAUAAAGCUGGUCAUAUUCAACGAAUCACACAUGAAGAUGGUUAUUUCAAUGAAUUGAUACCGUCUGCCAAUUGUUCGUUCUAUCGAAUUGAUAUUCUUAAUCCGAAGGGAAACAUUACAUAUCUUAUCAACAAAUCGACACGAAUUCAAUUGCAAAAUAAUAAACCACGGUUAAUUCGUCGAGAGCUUUCAAAUUCUUCCAUUAUUGUCUCGUCCGAGACAAAUCCAUCUUUGAAACUUGUGACAAGUUCAACUAUCACAAAUCGUUAUCAGACGAUUGAAUUUAACUCGUCAAUUCAAUUCUCUAAUUCUUUGAUAUUCGAUCAAGAACAAAGUCAUUCAUGGCAUUUAAAAAUCAAUGAUUAUCUCCUUCUAAUCAUGUUGUUCGAUCCAUUCGAAAGAAAACUCAUCAUUCAAGAUUACAAACAAAAUGAACUUUUAACGAUGACAUACUCAGAUAAAUAUCGGUUGUUGAGCAUCAAUUCCCGAGGAUUUCUUCCGGUCACUUAUACAUACCGAGACAGUGAUCAGAAACUAUCUAGUUGGCAAGUUGGAUCAUAUUACGAAGACUUUCUCUAUGACACACGCGGACGAUUGAUUGAAAUUCAACGAUUCAAUGAUCUCGCUUCGAUUAAAUACAGUUACGGAUCGGGAGAACAGCCGGUCGGAAUCACUUACGGUUCGCAAUCGAAUGUUAUGCUACGUAAAGAUACAACCGGUUCUAUCACAGGUAUCAUAAUGCCCAAUCAAGCCGAGCACAUGUUGGAAUAUCGAACGUAUUUCAACGGUUAUCGUUUGAUAUAUUCCGGUUUACACACUCAAAUCUGGGAAUAUGACUCGAAUUCGAAUCUUCGUCGUGUUUAUUUCCCAUUUCAUCGUUUGAUCACUUAUAAAUAUGACGAAAUGAAUCGAUUGGUUUAUUCAUUCGCUGACGGAUGUCGAACAUCGUAUGAAUAUCCGAAAUUCGGCAAGCAGAUCCGCAUGGAAUAUCCUCGAGGACAAGUCUACGAGCAAAUCUAUGAAUACAACGCGCAAUCUUCCUUAAGUCAUUUCAUCAGUUCAUACAAAGAUAAGAAUUCUUAUAUGAUUGUCUUCAUUCGAUAUUAUUCGAUGAAUUCAUUUGAAUUACGUUUGAUUUCUUCUAAAGAAUUUCAUCGAAGUUUCCUGGAGAACUACUCGACGAACCUUCAAUCCAAUUAUUCUUUGAAUUUUCAUGAGAAUUAUGGAUAUUUACAAUCAAAUCCUUUCGUACGACUGACAUAUCCAACAAACUCGGAAUGUUUCAUCAAAGACAAUUCGAACAUGUUAACCAUCACCAAACAUUUAGACGAUUACAAACGCUUGAAAGAAAUCACAUUCAAUUACAAAACUCAAAAACGUUUAGUCGUGGAAUUCAUCUACAACAAUAAGCAAUUUCUAUUAGAACAAGUUAAAAUUUCCUUGAAUGAACUUGAAAAAUAUGUUUAUUCGUAUGAAUACGAUAAUCUAAAACGUUUAGUUAAUCUGAAAAAGAAUGGUCAAUCGCUCGACACGUAUCAAUAUGACUUGAACAACAAUCUCAAUUCAACAAAACAAUACUCAUCGAUUCAAUAUAACCAAUGGAAUCAAAUUCUCCAAACAACUAGCUCAGAUAACCAAACAUUCACUUAUAAAUACGAUAAAAACGGAUUUUUACAUCUGAUAUCAAAUACUAAACUUUAUCUUUUCAAUUCAUUUGGUUUGUUAAUCAAAUACAAAUCCAAUCAAUUAAUCGUCGAAUAUCUUUAUGAUGAUGAACAACGUUUGGUUAUGAAAGUCUAUCCCUUAACUGGUCAUUACAUUCAAUUCAUUUACGGAAAUCAGCAACAACGACAAUUGAUAACACACAUUUAUCAGUCGCAAACGAAAUCCUUGAUGACGAUUUAUUACGAUAAUAAUCAUCAUUUGAUUGGUUUCGAGGAAAAUCAACGGAAAUUUUUUGUUUUAACAGAUCAAAUCGGUUCACCGUUGUUUAUCUAUGAUAAUAAUGGUUUACUAAUGCAAGAGAAAUUCUAUGGUUUAUAUGGACGAAGUUUAAUCGAGAAAAAUUAUCAAGAAAAACGAUUUUUUCCAUUCGGUUUUGCGGGAUUGUUAAUCGACGAAGAUUUGAAUUGCGCUUUCGAGAAAUCAACAGGGAAAUUAUUCGAUCUUAAUCUCGGAAGAUAUUUAGUUGCAACUUUUCCUUCAAAUUGGAUGAAUAAGCAAACAUAUCUACCUGUUAUCAACAAUCCAUUGAAUGAUAUGAAUUUGUACAAGAUCAAUGAUGAUAUUUACAAUGUUAAUGAAGUCAAUUUCCAAAGACUGCAUCAUCAUGAUAUUCUUAAACAAUUACAAAAUUUGAAUUAUGGCUUUUCGAAUUUAUUUGACUCGAUCUUAUCAUCGAAUUACGUUUCCAAUGAAAACCAUCUCUUGGGUCAGAGCUCAUUAAUCUAUUCAUCGUUUUUCUCAUAUUUCAAUCAAUAUUAUUCCAUCUCGUAUCCAAAUCGAUUCGUCUAUUCAAUUGCUCAUAUUCAAAAUGAGAAUGACUUUUGGAUCAAUCGAACAUUAUCAAUCAAAAAUCCGUCAAACCAAAUAGAAUUCCUUUCAUUUACAUCCUAUGAUGAUGUCUUCUCACGUCUAUUCAAUCUAUCCUACGUCUUACCCUACUACAAACAAAAUGAAAUCUACUUCCUUCAAAACUUCUCCCAUUUCCAUCAAUUAAAAUCUCAUUUGAACCAACCUGUAUUUCGUCAGUUCAAAAUUAACAUUCGCUAUCAAACAACAAAAGAAAAUCUGAUCGAUAUCGAUCUUAUCAUCAGUAACACAACUGUAUUUCACAUAAAGUUUGGUUCAACCUACGACGAAGAAUAUCAACGAUUGAUUGAAUAUAAUCUAUCACAAAUGGUGACGAAUGUUUGGCAAUACGAACGAACGUAUCUGAUGGAAAAUUCUCGUUUGUACUAUUUGUAUCCAUGGUCAUCGAAUGAAAUAGACGAAUUGAUCAGUAAUGGUUAUUUAGCGAACUAUACAAUCACUUAUCGCUACGAUCCAUUGAUUUAUCCGGAAAUAACUGAUGAUCCAACAAAUUUUAGGUUUCAAAUCAAGACUUAA